GGAAACAUCUUUGCUGCAACUGAUCUGGAUAAGUCAUGAGUGGAUGUCCAUAUUUUGAGAAGAGGCAUUUGUUAUUCAAAAACAAGCCUCCCAAACCAGAGGAAGAAGAUGAUUCUCAGGCAGGAGUUAACAAGGCCAGUAAAGGAGGAAUCAUCUACGGAGAUUACCUGCAGCUUGACAAAAUAGUCACAGCCCAAGUGCUGCAAAGUGAAGUAAAGGGUAACAAGAUUCAUGAUGAGCACCUCUUCAUUGUCACCCAUCAAGCCUAUGAAUUGUGGUUCAAACAGAUUCUGUUUGAGCUCGACUCAGUGCGAGAUAUCUUCAUCAGUGGACAUGUCAGAGACGAACGCAACAUGCUCAAAGUCAACACUCGCAUCCACAGGAUUGUAAUGAUCUUCAGACUGCUGGUGGACCAGUUUUCUGUUCUAGAGACCAUGACAGCCUUGGACUUUUUCGACUUCAGGGAAUACUUGGCUCCAGCCUCUGGAUUCCAAAGCCUUCAGUUUCGGCUGUUAGAGAACAAAAUCGGUGUCCCAGACAAUCAGAGAGUUCCCUACAACAGACGCCAUUACAGAGACAAUUUCAAGGGUCAUGACAGCGAGAUGCUGCUCGCCACUGAAAAGGAGCCCCCACUCUUAAAACUGGUUGAGGAGUGGCUGGAGAGAACUCCUGGCUUGGAGGCGGAUGGAUUCAAUUUCUGGGAAAAGCUGGAAAUCAAUAUAUUUGAUGGGUUGAAUCAGGAGAAGGAGAAAAUCGAGAAAAUGGCAGAUCCUGAGGACAGGGAGGAAAUGAUGGCUGAGCUGAUCAAACAGAGAGAGGUGUUCUCGUCUCUGUUUGAUGAAAAGCGCCAUGACCACCUCGUUAGCAAAGGUGAGAGGCGGCUGUCUUACAAGGCUCUCCAAGGUGCUCUGAUGAUCUACUUCUACAGGGAAGAGCCCAGGUUCCAGGUCCCUUUCCAACUGCUCACAUCUCUCAUGGAUAUCGACACCCUCAUGACAAAAUGGAGAUACAAUCACGUAUGCAUGGUGCAUCGUAUGAUCGGCAGCAAAGCUGGCACAGGGGGCUCAUCCGGCUACCACUACCUUAGAUCCACUGUCAGUGACCGCUACAAAGUGUUUGUGGAUCUGUUCAACCUGGCAACGUUCCUGGUGCCUCGCCACUGGGUGCCCAAGCUGAACCCCAACGUUCACACGUUCCUCUACAUGGCUGAAUGCUGUGACAGCUCGUACUGCAGCAGCGAAGACUCUGACUAAGGGGAGUCUCAGUCAGUCAGUCGUCUGUCUUGGCUUCCUUUCUCUCACUAUAACUAACCUCACAAUAGGACAGAUUAAAUAGUUUUGUGACAGAUGUCUAAGGGAAUAGGAGGCUGUUCAAAAAGCAGAGAAACAUGCAUGUGUUUAGGUGACACACUUUUUCAAUCUUGUGAGCUCAGAUUUGCAUUAGAUAUGGUGUAUGUACUUGAGAAAGCUAAGGAACUAAAGGGUGUGCUUCCUGAGGAAAUCAGGCCAGGCUAAAAAUAUUAUUUUAGCACAAAACACUAAAAUACUUCACAGGGUGAUGCAACUUUUUGGACCGUCUUGCAUCCUGAAACACGGGGGAGGAAAGAUUAAACAUGUCUGACAAUGAACUAUCCAUAUCCAACACUGAAAUAUCUAUAUAUGUAUAUAUUAGACCAUGAUGGUGUUACUAAGACAUUUCAAACAUUGACAUUCUGGGAAGAAUUGGGAUCGUGUUCUGCAACCUAAAAAACACUUUAAUUGUCAGAGUGUCAAGCAAAGUGAUUAAAGUCUCUUCAUCUUGUAACAAUAAAAUCAUGCAAAACACCCCAGAAAUGGUUGAACACAGAACAGAAAAGCACAUCAUUAGUUCAUUACCUUCAUCAGGCUGCAGCACAAAGGUUCAUACCCUUCAAACUUGUGACUAGUCCUGAAUAAAUCAAACAGUCAAAUUAGGCUAUUUUAUUCUAAUCUCUAAUUCUGACCGGUCACAGAGUAUAGCAGAUGGCUCCUUGAUAAGAUGUGCUUUGAUGUUUUUCUCUAUAAAAUUAUGCAGAUUCACUGUGACUGACCUGAAAGCAAAUGGAUCGCUGAGAGCAGUGAUCAAACUGGUGCGCGAUGAUGGGUUUUUACAAACGUGUUAUCUUUCAUGUCUGCGUGGGGAGGGUGUCAGAGAGGAAGCCAUUUCAGACUUCAGGGAUGUGGCUUAGGUGAGGGGAGAGAAGAUAAAAGGACAAUAAAGCUCUGUAUAAACAAUCAAUCUCAACACCUAGAAUAGAACAAUUUGCACAGUGUUAAUGUGAAGCUAUA